AACAAAUAAAAAGGCAUAAUGGUUCGUAAACAAAGUUAUUGUUAUUUCUUCUGCUUUAUUUCUCUCCAACUAUACUCUGUUGUUUCUUCUACACCCCAUCUUUGCCGCCAUGACCAGAGGGAUGCUCUUCUGAAGUUUAAAGAUGAGUUUCCAAAUCUUCAGUAUAGCCCAAGAGCGAGUAAUACAUCACUAAGUUCGUGGAACAAGAGCAUGGAUUGUUGUUCUUGGGAGGGUGUCACAUGCGAUGGUAAAUCUGGUGAGGUGAAUUCGCUUUAUUUUUAUUCAAUUUUCCUCAACAACUCUCUGAAAGAAGAUAGUGGUCUUUUUAGACUCGCACAUCUUCAAAACCUAACCCUUAGUAAUUGUUAUCUUCAUGGAAACAUCCCUUCUUCAAUAGGAAACCUUUCUCAACUCAUAACGCUUGAGCUUUCCAGUAAUAAGUUAGUAGGUCAACUUCCACCGUCAAUGGGAAACCUAACCCAACUAAGAUUCAUUGUCCUUUCCCAAAAUAACCUUAGUGGCAAUAUUCCUGUUUCCUUUUCCAAUUUAAAGGAGCUGGUCAAUUUAGACAUCUCAAGCAAUCAAUUCACGGGUGGAAAUUUUCCUUUUAUACUGCCAAAUGUAACCAGUUUGUAUAGACUUCCACUUGGGGUGAGUGGACUAUCCAAAUUAGAGAAUUUUGAUAUGCAUGACAACUCAUUGUCUGGGCCUCUUCAUACAUCAUUAUUCAUGAUUCCUUCCUUGCUGUGGGUUGAUUUUAGCGGAAACUAUUUGGAAGGGCCGAUAGAGUUUGGAAACAUUUCAUCGUCGUCUAGGCUUGAAUAUUUAUUUCUUGCUAAUAACCAAUUCAAAGGCACAAUCCCCACCUCUAUAUCAAACUUAGGCAACCUCCUUCAUCUUGAUCUUUCCAACAAUAACUUAGAAGGCCAAGUGCCAGGGUGGCUUUCGCAACGGCAACAAGUAAUGCUUUCUCAAAACUCUUUCAACAGUUUUGAAAAAUCAUGGGAAGUUUUCGAGGAAACAAACAUGGAGGCGUUGGAUCUUCGUUCGAACUCAUUCCAAGGAACGUUUCCUUAUUGGAUAUGCAAGCUUAGAUCAUUACGGUUCUUAGAUGUGUCCGACAAUCGCUUCACUGGCUCGAUCCCUCAGUGUUUAAAGAAUGCCACUGUUUCUCUUACCUAUCUAGUUCUGCGUAACAAUAGUUUCAGUGGCAUUCUACCAAACAUAUUCUUCAACGCGACACAGCUAAUAUCACUUGACGUUAGCCACAACCAGCUGGAGGGAAAAGUUCCCAAAUCUUUGAUCAAUUGCAAAGCUAUGCAACUUCUAAAUAUGGAAAGCAACAGAUUCGAGGACGAGUUUCCAUCUUGGUUGGGUUCUCUACCUUCUUUAAAAAUCUUCAUCCUCCGAUCAAACCAAUUCUAUGGGCCGUUAUAUCACAACAACCGCCUAUCCAUUGGGUUCCAAGCUUUAAAAGUGAUUGAUCUCUCAAACAAUCAUUUCAGUGGAAGCUUGCCGAGUUUCUAUUUUUCCAACUGGCAUGAAAUGACUACAUUAACGGGGAACUAUGAUGACUCAUACAUGGAAUACUACGUCUACUAUGCUGCUGUUUAUUAUAAUUCCAUGGAAAUGGUUAAUAAAGGGGUAAAUACGGAAUUUGAGCGGAUCCGACAAGACUUCAGAGCCAUUGACUUUUCGAGAAACAAUUUUUGUGGAAGUAUACCCGAAUCCAUUGGAUUGUUGAAAGAGUUGCAUCUUCUCAACGUGUCGGGUAAUACAUUCACAAGCAAUAUUCCUCAAUCGUUGAAAAAUUUGACAAAGCUCGAGACACUAGACCUGUCUUGGAAUCAGUUGUCUGGUCAGAUCCCUGGAGGUCUUGCAAGCCUCUCGUUUCUAUCAACCAUGGACUUUUCGCACAACAAUCUCCAAGGUCCAAUACCACGAAGCACACAGUUUCAAAGCCAGAACUGUUCUUCGUUCAUGGACAACCACAAACUCUACGGUCUCGAAGAAAUAUGCCGUGAAACUGAUCAUGCCCCUAAUCCUACACCACAAGCUUAUGAAGACUUGUUUGAGCGAGAAGAACGAGUUAUUAACUGGAUAGCAGCAGCAAUAGCCUAUGGACCUGGUGUGUUUUGUGGACUGGUGAUUGGACAUAUUUUUUUGAGCGAGAAACACAAGUGGCUUACCGAACGUCAUCUCUUAUAGUCUCUCUAAGCAUUCUGAUCGGCAUGAAUAUUCGUAAUAUUCAGGUGUGUUUUAGAAAAACUCUGUUGUGUUUGCAAUUUUAUAAUAUAAGGCUUUGUAAUAAACAUCUUCAGUGGUA